AUGCUGAGGCAAUCGUCAGGCAGGAGCCACAGAAGCAAGAAGCUCCGGGCAAGCCACAGUUUCCAGGCGUUCCUGCUCGUCGCCGUGGCCAUCUGGAUCGUGUACCAGCUCACGCAUUCGUACGGCGAGCGACGGCCAGUGUCUGUGGAGACCGGCAGAAGUGACGCCGAGCCGGCGCGGCGCCGGCUGGGCAGGAAGGGAUUCGUCCACUUCGCAGGGCACGCCUCCGUCGAUGGCAUUGCUGGGGCCGGCGAGUCGUCGGAUGAUCCUCUGAGCAAGGCUGGCGACGAAGACGACCGAGAGGGCGAUGAGGAUGAUGGUGCCGAUGGUGACGUUGACGACGCGGACGACGGCCUCGCCGUUGCCGCUGAUGAAGAGGACGAUGGCAUAGAUUUCCAGUCACAAGACGGCAGCCGUGAGGACGAUCCCAAGGCCGUGCAAGGAGGAACUCAGAAUGGACUGAACAUAAGCACUGUUCCUCCGGUGAACGGCACCGGCACUGUGCAAGAUGGUGCUGACGUUCUACUGCGCAGUGCGACUGGCGGUGCAGGUGCAGCAGAUGGCAAUGGCACUGUUCCAACCCGGAGUGGUUCUGCUUCUGCCCUGAACAACAUUUCAUCUGUUGAUGUGGCGUCGUUGCGUGACAGAGGAACAGCUGGUUAA